AUGGCAAAAACCAAUGGUUUCUGCUGGGGUUCUGCAGUUCUCUUCUUAUGUUUAGCUGGGUUCAUUUCAACUCCAGCCAAAGCUGCUUUGAAACCAUACCAAUUUGAUGUCCAAGUGAAGAAUGUGACCAGGUUGUGCCAUUCUAAACCCAUUGUUAAAGUAAAUGGGAUGAUCCCUGGACCUACAGUUUAUGCUACAGAAGGAGAUACACUUCUUGUCAAUGUUACCAACCAUGCACAAUACAAUAUGCCAAUUCAUUGGCAUGGAUUAAAGCGAUAUCGAAACGGGUGGGCGGAUGGGCCUGCCUAUAUCACACAAUGUCCUAUCAAGACAGGGCAUGGGACAGGUUUUCCAUUUCCUCAGCCAUACAAGGAGGCUAAUAUUGUCUUAGGUGAGUUGAUACCUGUGCAUUGGAGGUUGAACAGGGAGAGAAGUACCUGCUACGAAUCAUCAGCACUCAAUGAUGAGCUAUUCUUUGUCAUUGCUGGACACAACUUGAUAGUGGUAGAAAUUGAUGCAGUCUACACCAAACCAUUCACAUCGCAAGCAAUACUAAUUGCACCAGGCCAGACCACGAACGUUCUCGUUCAAGCCAACCAAGCGCCCAGCAGAUAUUUCAUGGCAGCUAGGCCAUUCAUGGACGCACUGGUUUCCAUUGACAACAAAACUGCCACUAGAAUACUGCAGUACAAAGGCAUCCCAAAUACUGUGCAGCCAGUUCUUCCCCAAUUCCCGGCACUCAAUAACACAGCUUUUGCAUUGAGCUUCAAUGCCAAGCUAAGAAAUUUAAACACAGCACAGUUCCCCGCCAGUGUACCUCUUAAAGUUGAUCGACAUCUCUUUUACACGAUCAGGUUGGGAAUUAACCAUUGCACGACUAGCCUCAAUGGAAGACAGCUCACUGCUUCUUUAAACAAUAUCACUUUCGUGAUGCCCCAAAUUGGGCUGCUUCAAGCUCAUUAUUUCAACACCAAGGGAGUAUUUACAACAGAUUUUCCAGACCGCCCUCUAACACCCUUCAAUUAUACUGGUGCACCACUCACUGCCAACCUUGGCACUAAACUAGGCACCCGGCUUAGCAAAAUUGCCUUCAAUUCAUCAGUUGAGUUGGUGCUACAAGACACCAAUCUUCUCACACUGGAGUCUCAUCCCUUCCACCUUCACGGUUAUAAUUUCUUUGUUGUCGGUAGUGGAACUGGGAACUUCAACCUGAAAAAGGACCCGGCAAAGUAUAACUUAGUGGAUCCUCCUGAGAGAAACACAGUUGGAGUUUCCACCGGUGGUUGGGAUGCCAUAAGGUUCAGGGCUGAUAAUCCAGGUGUGUGGUUCAUGCACUGUCAUUUCGAGCUACAUACUAGCUUGGGUUUGAAGACUGCGUUAGUGAAAGAAAAUGGGAAAGACUCGGAUCACUCUGUCUUGCCUCCACCUACGGACCUUCCACCUUGUUAG